ACAGAGCACACCUUGUACGUGCCAGCAUUUCCUAAGAGGUGGGAGAUGGUGCUGGUGUGGAUAAAUAGGCAUCAGUGUGCAGUGGGAGAGCACCACCCCAGGAGAACAGCAACCCCAAACAUUAGGACUCACCUAACACAGAUGGUGGCAGCUGGCUUCAGCUCUCCAGACAGGAGAGCAGAGAAGAUGGCCCUCUUUGUAGCUCUGGGGCUGUUGAUGGCUGGGUUCUGCCCUGCUGUUCUCUGUGAACCAGAUGGCACAUUGGGAAGAAACACUGAAGUUCAGGAAGACCAAAACAACGGGACACGAGUGGACAGUCUGACACUGGCCUCCAUCAACACUGACUUUGCCUUCAGCCUCUACAAGGAGUUGGCUUUGAAGAAUCCAGAUAAAAACAUUGUCUUCUCCCCACUCAGCAUCUCAGCUGCCUUGGCUGUCUUGUCCCUGGGAGCAAGCAGCAACACCCUGGAAGAGAUUCUAGUAGGUCUCAAGUUCAAUCUGACAGAGACGCCUGAGGCAGACAUCCACAGGGGCUUUGGGCACCUCCUCCACAUGCUCAGUCAGCCAGGGGACCAGGUGAAUAUCAGCACAGGCAGCAUGAUAUUUGUUGAAAAGCGCCUACAGAUCCUGGCAGAGUUCAAGGAGAAGGCAAGGGCACUGUACCAGGCUGAGGCCUCUGUGACUGACUUCCAGCAGCCUCAUGAGGCCAAAAAGCUCAUCAAUGACUAUGUGAGGAAACAGACCCAGGGGAAGAUCAAGGAAUUGAUCUCAGACCUGGAUGAGGAAACAUUAAUGGUGCUGGUGAAUUACAUCUACUUUAAAGGUGAGGAUGGUCGCUGUUUCAGGAGUGGAUGCAGAGGGUGCAUACACUGACCCCUGGAAAGGAGG